GGCGGCGGCGGCGGCGGCGGCGGCACCCUCGGAGCCCGGCGCCGGGCGGGGAGGAGGGGGCGUGCGAGCGGGCACCGGCCCGGGGGCGCGGGAUGGAGGAGGAGAUGCAGCCGGCGGAGGAGGGGCCCAGCGUGCCCAAAAUCUACAAGCAGCGCAGCCCCUACAGCGUCCUCAAGACCUUCCCGAGCAAGAGACCGGCGCUGGCCAAGCGCUACGAGCGACCCACCCUGGUGGAGCUGCCGCACGUCCGGCCCCCGCCGCCCUUUCCGCCGCUCUCUGCCGUCUCCAUCAGCAGCAGCGAGCCGCCGCCGCCGCCGCCGUUCCCGGCGCAGAGCUCCUACCCCCCGGGGCCCGGCCGGGCCGCCGCCGCGUCGUCGUCGUCACCGUCCUGCACGCCCGCCGCGUCCCAGGGCCACCUGAGGACUUCGGGGGCGCAGCCGCCCGCGGCCCCCGCCGCCUCGUCGUCCUCCUCUUUCGCCGCCGUCGUCAGGUACGGCCCGGGCCCGGCGGUGGCCGCGGGCGGCGGCGGCGGCGGCGGCAGCAGCAGCAGCAGCAGCAGCAGCAACAGCAGCAGCAGCAGCAGCAGCAGCAGCAGCACGGGCGGCGACGGCUGCAGCCUGGAGCUGAGCGCAGAGAGCCGUAUGAUCUUGGAUGCUUUCGCCCAGCAAUGUAGCCGCGUCCUUAGCCUCUUAAACUGUGGAGGAAAACUUCUGGACUCCAGUCACUCCCCAUCCAUGAUUUCUUUCGUCAAGCAGGAAGGCUCAAGUUACCCCGAAAGACAGGAGCCGUGCCACAUGGGGAAAGGAGUCCACAGCCAGACCUCAGACAGUUUAGACAUAGAGAUGCAAUAUAUGCAAAGGAAACAGCAGACCUCAGCCUUCCUGCGGGUUUUCACAGACUCCCUACAGAAUUACCUGCUCUCCGGAAGCUUCCCCACUGCCAGCACCUCCUCCGUCAGUGAGUAUGGCCACCUGGCCGAGGGCGACCCUCUGUCCACCUCCCCCGUGCACACACUAGGGGGCUGGACCUCACCGGCCACAUCCGAAUCCCAUGGCCACCCAUCUUCCUCCACCCUGCCCGAGGAGGAAGAGGAGGAGGAAGAGGAAGGCUACUGCCCACGAUGCCAAGAGCUGGAGCAGGAGGUCAUUUCCCUACAGCAAGAAAACGAAGAGCUCCGCAGGAAAUUAGAGAGUGUCCCAGUGCCAUGCCAGACUGUUCUAGAUUACUUGAAGACGGUGUUGCAACACCACAACCAGCUCCUGAUCCCCCAGCCAGCUGACCAGCCGACCGAGGGAAGCAAGCAACUGUUGAACAACUACCCUGUCUACAUCACAAGCAAACAGUGGGAUGAGGCCGUCAAUUCUUCAAAGAAGGACGGGAGACGGCUCCUUCGCUACCUCAUCAGAUUUGUUUUCACAACCGAUGAGCUUAAGUACUCAUGCGGCCUUGGGAAAAGGAAAAGGUCAGUGCAGUCAGGAGAGACAGGUCCCGAAAGACGCCCUCUGGAUCCAGUUAAAGUAACAUGCCUCCGAGAAUUCAUUAGGAUGCACUGCACCUCCAACCCCGACUGGUGGAUGCCCUCGGAGGAACAGAUCAACAAAGUGUUCAGCGACGCCGUGGGCCACGCCCGGCAGGGGCGUGCCGUGGGGACUUUCCUGCACAACGGUGGCUCAUUCUACGAAGGCCUCGACCCCCAGGCUGCCCAGGAUGACGUCUUCAACAAAAACUCCCAGGAUGCCUCUGGGGAUUAGAAUUCGGCUCUUUCCACGGUCGUGGCUGGUCCUUCUCCAUGGGGUCCCAUUGUGAUGUCUCGUUAAACCACCCCUGUAGAGCUCAAAUCAUGUCAUGCUGUCAGAUUUUUCACAAGCUCAACCUUCAUCUCUUGACCAAUGGCCAUCAUUCCCCUCUAGAAAUACAUUUGGGAGUGGUUAUGGAGUCUGCUGUUUCAUAAUGCUGUAUUAUAUAUAAAAAAAUGGGCGGGGGAUAUAUCACAGUUGAUUUUAAAUGGUUAGCAGAUGAGACUUGAGGGGUGAAGGUGUGGGGACAAAGAGAUGCACUCUUUGGUCACCUGUCCAAGGUUUUCAAGUGAGUGCUGCUUCCCAGAGUUGGGCCCCAUCGAAUUGGAGUGAAUGUUAACGCCCAGGGGAGACAGGAGAGGCAGAAUUAUUGUAAGGGACAAGGAAUAGAUAUUCUCUUUCAGUUUCAGUAACUUGCUGUUAAUAGUUUCCAAAGAUGUGUCUCUCUCAACAAACAUUUGGGGAAGGGGGCGUCCCAGACCGCCUCUACGUGGACAAAAGGUCUUAUUACUGCAGAGAAACCAGAGAACAGGCUCUUCCUCUGUAGCACUCAUUCCAACCUUGUCGUUUUAUUCUUUUUUCCUUUGGUUAUUCCUAUGAAAAAGAAUAUUUUUAUGUUGAUCAAGAAGGCACUGUGUUAUCUUCAGUAUGUGAGUUCACAACUUUAUUGUUCCUAUUAUGUCGGUCAAGAAACCUCCAAAGAGCCAACCCGUUUUUCAAAAGCUUUUGUAGAAACAUAGAUCCAGUUUCCUUAGCCUUAAAUCAGGCUUUGUUGACAUAAUACCAAAGUGAUGGGUUGAACGAUGAGGAUUUCAACCAAUUGUUGUUUUGGUGCACUCAAGAGCGAACAAGUGGGGUGACAGGCAGUCCUCACUGCAUUGACCAGAUGUUCUGGAACUGCUGAGACACUGCGUCAAGGCCAGUCUGGUGACUGUGCAAUGGGCUUGCCUGUAAUUUCUCUGAAAUGUGAAGGUCUCACUGUACUGUGUAGAUACUUGGAAUUUGCAUCGACUUCAGUGUUUUCUGUUGCCGUUCAUGGAACUGUCUCCGGCAGUACUAUCCGUUUUCUGCUGCCAGUAUUCCCCGCAGUGACAGACUGGGGCUAAGUCACCUCAGAGCCACACCCUCGCCUACUUUUCCCUGGCGCGUGUGUGAAAUGAACAGUGUCCGAGGAAACGUCUCUAAGAAUACUUUAGAGGCUCUGGGGUCAGCUUCUGGGUGUCUCAGAUUUGGAGGGCGUGGCGUGUCUUCCCUUACCAAACACAAGUUCAAACACUACGUCCUCGGGAGAGCAAAGGACUCCAUGUUCAGUGCUCAUUGAAGGCUGUCAGUGUGAGUGAUCAACAGGAAGAAGGCUGUGGAGAUACAUUUAAAGUAUAGGAGCAUUCAUUCAUAAAGAGUCUGUUGGGCCAUGUUGUCAGCAUUUGUGAUUUUUUUUAUUUGAACUAGUUGGAUUUACUAAUUACUAAUAGGUGCUGUACAGGAGAGGCCCUUAGAAAUAGUUGAAUUGGAUUUUUUUUGUUGUUGUUGUGUUGUUUUGCUUUGCUUUCACUUUACUCCUUUCACCUACUGUAAAGUUUGACAUUUUUGACAUUUAUGAUGUUCCUCUCUCAGAUCUGUUGCCCGGUGGAAGAAAAACCUUACUGCUGGGGAAAUUUUACUAAAAUCAGGAAGUGAAAGAAUUGAUACAGGCAGAUGCAGCAUUGCCCACUAAAACUGAGAGGAAUAUUUUGGCCACCCAAAGCCAGAAGAUACUUCUAAAAGGGAUUUUAGAGGUCUGAGAAAUCUGUCUUCUGAGAUUUUUUGGCUGUAGGAACUGUUGGCCUGUGGAAACACUCCUUCUCUCAUGCCAUCCAUCUGCCCUUUUCUCUUGUGGGUAUCACACAUAAUUAUCUUUACUGCAGAGCCCAGCAUGUCAUUUUAUCUUAGAGCCUCAAUUUUUUUUGUUUAUUUUGUUUUUGGGUCACACCUGGUGAUGCACAGGGGUUACUCCUGGCUCUGCACUCAGGAAUCACCCCUGGUGGUGCUCAGGGGACCAUAUGGGAUGCUGGGAUUUGAACCCGGGUCGGCCGAGUGCAAGGCAACGCCCUACCCGCUAUGCUAUCACUCCAGCCCCCUAGAGCCUCAAUUUUUAACCACUGGUCUGAAAGAAUAAAAUCCUUCUGUGUCUCCCACUUUCCGUGCAAGCUUAGAAACUUUGCGCAUCUUCUUGGGCUGUGUUGGAGCCCCGCUGUGCUGCACCCGGGCCUCAUCCCUCCUCCACAGCUUUCUGUGUUGACUUGCUUUAAGAUGAAGUGGUCUGCCCGGCUCCUGGAGGGCCUUUCUGAGGGCCUCACAUGAGCGUUCUGGGGGAGAAGUCUCCUGGGGUAGGUACUGCCUCCUCCCCACCCUGCCACCCACACCUGCUCACAAGCCACAUGGUUUGACACAGCUUUGAUUCCAAAGCACGCUUGGCCUCUUCCCCUACACACACACACACACACACACCAAACCCCAUCCAGGUAAACUGUUUAUCAGCUGUUUUCCAAUAUUUUAUGAGUUUUGAAAUGUUGGAACUACAUGUUGGCCAUGUGUGAUGUGCACACAGGAAGCAGGCCUAAAAAAAAGUGACCUGUAGACUCAGCAGUCACACUGCAAUCCAGUUCUCUUUUUUUGAUUUUUUUUUUUUUUUGCUAUUUGGGUCAUGCUCAGCGAUGCUCAGGGGUUACUCCUGGCUUUGCACUCAGGAAUUACUCCUGGCGGUAUUCCGGGGACCAUAUGGGAUGCCGGGGGGUCAAACCCGGGUCGGCCGUAUGCAAGACAAACGCCCUACCCACUGUGCUAUCGCUCUGGCCUCCCCCUUUUUUUUUUUAUCUUUUUGUACUGAGGACCACUCCUAGUGAUGCUCAGGGGCUAAUCCCAGUUCAGUGCUCAGGAGUUGCUCCUGGAAUCAAACCUAGGACUUUGCAUACUCACAGUACCAACUCUGUAGACAGCAGCCCAGAUCUGGGGUCUACAGGUCCAUGAUGUCUACCUUUUUCUUCCACUUUUAAUGACUCGUGCUUUCUUCUGCCAAAAGAAGGGUGGAGGACAGGACAGGUGGAGCAUUGUGUACGAUGAAGCAGGACCACCUCCAGAAGCACCACUGUGUACGGCCCUCAUUUUGACUCCAUCCUUCAGGUUUUAAUCUAGAACCUCAGCCUCUUGCCCACUGACUACCUCUUUUGUUCUUGUUCAGAGUUCUGGCAUUUUCUUCGAAAUCGCAUUCUUGGAUCUCUUCAUCUCUAGAAAAGACGUGAGCAGUUCUGAUUUUCCUCGUACUGCGCUCUGUAGUUCUGAUGGUUCAGAUCUGUGGGAUUUUUGACAGCAGUUCUAUACGAAGUCUUAGAAAUGUAACAGAGUUUUUGCAUCUAUGGUGCAUGUGCUAGUAUAUGGUGAAUGUGGCAACACUUGCCAAAACUGCUUGGCAAAACAUGUCAAAUCGGAUGCUUGAGUCAGAACUCUAAUGUAAAUGUGUCUAAACAGCGCUGUGUAUCAUUAUGAUGUAUUUCUGUAAACAGUGAGGGCUGCUUUCAGCCUUACUGGAUAAAAAUAACCAGUGAGUACUGGAUAAAAAUAACCCUUCUUCACUUGGAGUAAUGGAGGAGCCUGUCAGCCAGCUGAUGGCCCUCUCCAAACGUCCUUAUGUCACUAGCCAAUGGCAUUGGUUCUUUGUGAGUUCCUUUUUUUAGAGAGUUAAAAAUUGAUAGCAGGCAAGAUGAAGUACAGAGUAGCCCACCCACACUUGCUUUCUAAUACAUAAAAAACUGUUCACUGGCAUGUGUAUAAUCUUAGAGAACGCUUUCACCCUUAACAGUAUAUCCCAGUACAAGAAAAAAGACAAGACUUCUCUCGUCUAAGAACCAGGUCGGUCCUUUUGGCUACCAGCUGCACUUAAAUGAGCACAUCUUUGUGGUAAAAGUGACCCCGCUUCAUUUUUCUCUCUAUACCACCCCUGGUCCCUAGUGAAAAGACUGAAUCACAAAAGAAAUCUGUAAGGAGAUUUUCAAAAUUCUAUUUAUUCUCAGAAUCAGUGCCCCAGAACAGGUAACCAGGUGGGUCCUGUUGUAAAUCUCUUCCAGUUCAUCCAAAACCACUGACAACAAGAGUAUUGAUUGGAUGGCCCAUCCUUAUUGCAUCUGGUGGACCAGGUACUUUGCUAAGCACUUUAAUGCAAAAUCUGAUUUAAAUCCUUGGAGACUGUUCCUGCUCUUACCCCAUCUGUUGAUGAGGACACUGCCUUGUCACUUUAGCAGGACCACUUUCGGGUCAGUAAGUGGAACAGCUAGUUCUGUUGGUACUGUUUGUAUAGUUUUGACUAGUUUCCCAGCAGUCAAAGCAAAGUUCUCAAAGCCUGUCAAUCUAUGCGUGGGAGCGGAUUUGUUAGUUUAAGUCCUACCGUGGAGGGAAUGUUAAUAUUUAGGUAUGUUGAUGCUAAAAUGGGAGCAUAGAAUGCGCAUUUUCUGGGAACUUCCAAGGUUCUGCAUUAGGCUAGACUUCCCUUAGACCUUACGAUGAAGUCUAGAAAGACAUGGUAAAGCACUAUUUCAGUUGACUUCCUAGGUUCCCAGUAGAAUUAGAAAGUGGGGGGAGGACAUAAAGGAUAUUUGAAUUCAGCGACGUGAUACUUCUAGAAAUCCCCUAGACAGGAGGAAGGGCACCGAGCUUCUCUUACCCAACGUUCCGUUCUGUUCCAUUCUCUGUGGUUUUUGUAGCCUUAGACUUGAUUGACUAUGGAAAGAGGGUUUUCAUUGAUGCUGUCACUGUGAGAAACGUCCUGAAGACUUGGUAGGAAAAUAGAGUCAUGUGCUGAUUCUUUCCUGUAAUUUGGGCUUGAACAUCUGGCUGUUUAAGUUCAAGAGCAUGCCAAGGCCAUGAGCACCUGGCGUGAGCUGCUUAGGAACAGGGCAUGCCAGACCAGAAGGUAGGUCUUGUACCUCUCAAGGUCACAGGUCCAGCCUCACCCUGCCCCGUUGAAGCAUUGCUUUCCUGUCUCCUCUGAAACUUCAUGUAGCAGCCUAACUCUGGGGCCAACUUGCCUUUACUCUGUUUUCUAUGAUAAACACUUGUGGAGAAACUGUGACAAAUCCAUUGAUCUUAAUAUUUUUACUGUUGGAGUCUUGUUGAAUCUCUAUGAAUAAUUUCUAUUUGAUGGUACCUGUAGAGUUCAUACCCACUAGGGAUAUGUUAAUAAAACUAUAAAUGCAUAGGAUACUAUAGAAUAGCAAGAUUUUUUGUGAACAAUUUAUAUAGAAGAGUAAAGUUGUUUUUUAAGUGUUAGACACAUUUCUUUUAGGAUCUUAAAACGUUAUAAGGGUUUUUUAAACAUUCAAUAUUUUUAAGUAUAAGAAACAUUUGUUACUAGAGCCAAUUAUUUCAGGUGUUCUAAUUGGAGUAUUGCUUUUAUUACCUCAUACCUCUAGAAUACCACGUCUUCUGUUGAAAAUAAAAUUGCACAAUAAAUGUGGAGUCUCUGUUA